AUGGCAUGCUUGAAAAAAGCACAACUUUUGUUUUUUAGAGACCCCUUGAGUCGAUUCAUCUGGCAAUACGUAUUCCCACUUCAAUUCGCGUUAGGUCUACUUGGAAACUCGUUGAAUCUCUGGGUACUUGCCAGCGAUGAAGUACCGAACAUUGCCAGUGAUAUGCUGGCUGCGGUAUCGUUCUGUGACUUGGCAUUUCUUCUAGUCAUGUUGCCACAUUGUCUUGCCGCAUUUGAAACAAUUGCCUAUGAUGUUACAUUCAGAUACUUCUACCUGAAUACCAAACAACACAUGUCCGCAGUAGCUAAUUGGAUGAGUGCUGCCGCUAUUUGGCUCAUCCUCGCCGUCUCCAUUGAACGUUACCUCAUCGUCCGUUCGCCGCUCCGUGCGAAACUUUAUUGGCAACGUGGCAAGAUGGUCGUAGUCCUGUCCUCAAUAUUCGUAACCACUGGCCUACUCACAGUCUACCAUCACUUUGAAUGGGAUUGUGUUAUCGAAGAGUUCUGUAAUGGAACUCAACUUUUAGAUUUCUGCUACUAUUCGGGUAUGAGGCAUCAGAAGACUUAUAGAAACAAAGACUGGGUGACACCGAGUAAUGUGAAGAAGGUCUACUUGAGAUUCUCCACGUUUUUGAAUGCAAUUCUGGUUGUGUUUGUCCCAAUCGUCCUCGUUAUUUUGCUCAAUGUUCUUAUGAUUCGGCAGUUGAAAAUAAAUUGGACAUCCCCGAGAUUGGAGUCAAUGAGGGGGACAAUGAAUAGGAGUCAAAUACGCCAACGCCAGCGAGUAACCGUCACAGUCAUUUCCAUUGGCUUAUGCUUUUCCUUGACACAAGGUCCUUCCGCCUUCAUGGCCUUAUACGAACUAUUUUCUGAAUAUGAACUGGGUCACACCUUCUAUGCAAUCUUCAGUAUAACUAAUUCUCUAGUGGUCACCGGCAAAACUAUCAAUUUCAUAUUAUUCUGCUUAUCUUCUGAACAUUUCCGACAAAAGUGCUUCAAGGCGAUUUACAGAAAGUUUCCUAAACUAUCACAGAGCAGUUUUGGAAAACGUUUUCUUGACCACCAACGCUCCAACUCUUACGAUCGAUCGUCUUCUCUUCGUACCGUCCGUUCUAGAAGGGGAUCCGCGCAGACCUUGCCAGGAGCUUUGCCAAGAGAUUCUGGAGCACUGAUUCCAGUUGAAAGAGCAGGUGGCGAAGAGUGCACAAACUGUUCAAUUGAAAAGUCGAGAUCACUUUCGAUAUCCCGUCAAACUCUUCCCUAUCGUACUCGACUGGAUUCCGGACUGUCACAAGAUGAGUCCACUGGGGGGCAAGGCGUUUCUACUUGA